GUGAAAUGGCAAAUAAAUGGAGGUACACAGUGUCCGUUCCUUCAUGGUCACUGACGCAACUCCGAGACGAUGAUCCAGUUGUCUUUUACAGCGUCGAGGUCAAGUUCUUGCCUCCAGAGGGAAAUUCACAGGCAUCACGCAAGCACACUAUUCUCAGGAGAUUCUCUCACUUCCAGAAGCUGUACUUGCGGAUGAAGGAGCUGCAUGGUGCAGCAGUGCUGAGCAGCAUGAAGCUGCCUCCUAAACUUGUCCUCACGAAGGUUUCAAAGCACCCCGACCUCAUAGAUCGACGACGUGCAGACCUGGAACAAUGGUUGUGGCGCGUCGUGGCAAAUGCAGAGCUUGCACGAUCACCGCUCGUGAUGUCCUUUCUGGACUUGUCAGAGGCAGCGAGGGUGAUCCCCCAUGCAGCCCCUGCAGCAGCUUCCCCUGAGAAGCCUGCAGCUGCCAGCCACUCCUCCACAGAAGAGGAGCCACCAGCAUCAGCGUUGCAGCAGCAGGCACACAUCAUUGCGCAGCAGAAUCACGCAUUAGCAAGCACUCAUCAGCAGCAAAUGAGACUGGGUUUCAGGAUAGAGCAGCGCACCCUUCUCAAGAAGUACAUCCGGCAGCUCAGAAGGCACUUGGACGAAAUUGAAAGCGACCUCAGAGCAACUGCAGCAGCUCAGUGACUGCCGUGCAGUACAGCAAGGCUUGCAAGAAAGCUUUUCUCACCCUGUUUCCUGCUAUUUGCUCAUUGACAUAUGCAGCAUCAUUAGUCGAUGAUGCGAGACAGGCAGGCAGCGGCUGGGAUUUGGGUCU